AUGCCUGAAUACAGACUCUCCGUCCACUCCCUGACGCCGCCCGCGCUUCCUGCGAUCCCAGAAGACGCGCACCACACCGACAUCCGCUCCGGGUUGAGCGAGGGUGCCAAAGGCAGCUCCUACGCGGCGGCGACGUCGCCGCUGCGCUUCACGCUGUCCCUGCCCGACGCGCGGCCGAAGAACCCGCUGCACCCGGCCACGCACCUGCAGGUCACCUAUUUCUACGCCGGGAGCGGCGAGUCAUACGUGCCUCGUCUCAUCAUGCCCACGGACGUGGUCAAGACGGACGCCGACGACGACUCGUCCACGCUGUACGAGGUCGAGCUGGGCCCGGCAGACAUCUCGCGGGUCAAGGUCAACGAGGGCGAGACGCCAGACGCCGAGGUCCGCGUCAAUGCCUGGCGAAACGAAAGACUCCUCGGGCAGUUCACAGUCGGCGUGAUCAAGGGCCUGGGCAUCGAAGGGCUCAAGUCGUGGGACCUGGCUAAGCGACGAGUGGAAUACCGGAAGGAAGAGGCUGCGAAGAAGGCGGCUGCCUGA